AUGAAUAUGUAUACCAAUAAAAGUGUACUAAUUGAUAACUGGUAUGAAGAUAAGUACGGUACAUUUCCAUCAAAGAAUGAAGGUAAUAGGGAAUCGACUUACCAAAAAGAUUAUCGCGAGCGCGUUUUGCCCAUCCGAGAUAACAAGGUUAUGCGAAAUAUAAGAGAAAGAGCAUUGGGGUUGCCAAUUAAAUUGUUUCGUGAGCAUGGUAUUCAUAACGUCUACAAUAAAAACAUGAGUUCCUUGUACGAUUUAAAUUGCAUGGCUGCUUACAAUCCACCAUGCUACAGACGUUACAAUUCACGGUCCGGACUCUGGGAACCUGAACAAAAUUUCACAGUUAAUUAUGGACCAGGACGAUGUGAAUUGUUGAAAAAAAAACAGAUAAUUUGGAACACUGUUACAAAAGAGUUUAUACCGAGUACUGAAUACCAAUGUAGUUAUACAAUAAGAUAA